AUGAGUUUGGACAAUAAGAUCUUGGCAUAUCGCUUCAUCGGCUGCGCCACACUGGCGUUCUCGGCUGUCGCUGCGCUUUCCAUCUGCGUUACACUUCCGAUGGUCUCCGAGUACGUGAGCAGCAUCAAGAUCCGCGUCAACAGGGAUGUCAGCUACUGCAAGGCUUCCGCACAAGACAUUUGGUCGGAGAUACACACACUGAAAUCUGUCAACGACACACGUGCACAACGACAGGCAGGCUAUGCUACCCCAACUUUCAAUCCAACAGAUUCAGCUGGUGCAGGUGCCGGCGCUCAGCCCGAAGUUGACCAGUGCGCAGGCUGUUGUGCCCGUGGACCACCAGGUGUUCCUGGACCAGCCGGAAAACCAGGAAAAGCUGGCAAAUCAGGAGCAGCUGGUUUGAAUGGACUACACGGAAAGCCACCUCAUGCACCUUGUGAGGCAAUCACACCACCACCAUGCUCCCCUUGCCCACCUGGGCCACCAGGGCCACCAGGACCAGUUGGGGCUCCAGGAUCAGCAGGAGCACCUGGAGAUGACGGUACUCCAAGUCCUCCCGGCAUUGCAGGCCCUCCCGGACCCAAGGGACUACCUGGACCAAGAGGAAGGGACGGUCAACCAGGUCCUGGAGGUGCACCUGGGGCUCCGGGCAGUGAGUCUCCAUUGUCACCAGGACAGCCAGGACCGGCAGGUCCUCCGGGACCACCUGGACCUGCUGGUCUCAACGGAGUUGAUGGAAGAUCAUAUGGCCCAGGACCUGCAGGGCCCAAGGGUGCACCAGGUCCAGCCGGUGCGCCUGGUUCAGACGGCAAUCCAGGCACCCCAGGUCUUCCUGGCAAAACAGGAGGUGCAGGAGAAAAAGGAAUCUGCCCCAAGUAUUGCGCCAUCGACGGUGGGAUUUUCUUCGAAGACGGUACAAGACGAUAG